GUUCGGGGAGGCGGUGGCCCGGCGACCGGGCGGUCGCUGCUCGGGGCGGGGAGCCCCAUGGCGCCGCCUCCGGCCCCGCUCCUGGCGCAGAGACCGGGGGAGAUCGGGCCUGGUUGCAAGAAGCCAGGGGUCGUGCGGUUCGUGGACGUGGCCGUGUACUUCUCCCCCGAGGAGUGGGCGUGUCUGCGGCCCGCGCAGAGGGCCCUGUACCGGGACGUGAUGCGGGAGACCUACGGCCACCUGGGCGCUCUUGGAUUCCCGGGCCCCAAACCAGCCCUCAUCUCUUGGAUGGAACAGGAGAAUGAGGCUUGGAGUCCCGCCGCCCAGGAUCCUGAGGAGAGGGAGAACCUGGGAGGAGUUCCAAGAGAUGCCCCAAACAAGAAGAAGGAAGGGUCAGGAGCUGCGGGGUUCAGAGAAAUUCCUGGGAACCAGUUACCUGAAGGACUAGUUACACACAACUCUGACUCAGCUACCAACACAGCCUUGGUGAGAGCACAGCCACCGCUGAAAGCUGCGUGGGAUCAGACCACCGGUGCACAGACUUCGGCCCCAGUGCCCAGCAUGGACGCUCAGGCCAGCCAGCGGCGCCAUGUGUGUGCGGACUGCGGCCGCCGCUUCACCUACCCGUCGCUGCUGGUCAGCCACCGGCGCAUGCACUCGGGCGAGCGGCCCUUCCCCUGCCCCGAGUGCGGCAUGCGCUUCAAGAGGAAGUUUGCUGUGGAAGCCCACCAGUGGAUCCACCGCUCCUGCUCCGGGGGUCGGCGGGGCAGGAGGCCUGGAAUUCGGGCUGUGCCUCGGGCCCCAGUCCGAGGUGACCGGGACCCGCCUGUGCUGUUCCGGCACUAUCCAGACAUCUUUGAGGAGUGCGGGUGAGCGGCUCCCGUAGGCUGGAGUUAAACCUGAGGAGUGACCUUGGCGCUAAGGACUGAGGGAGCCCUGAGUUAGGCUCCUGAGUCAGGAACUUGCAGAACAAAAUUCAUCCCUAGGGCUUCCCUCAAGGAUCUCUCAAGUUUUCAAACUUGUAAAAGAAAAAGUGCCUGUAAAGAUUCAAAUAGAUUAAACUUGCCACCCCCUCCCCAAUCUUCCAUAAAAAGAAUGAAGAGGGUGAGAUGCUUGACUUUUCCAAGCUUAUCUCAGUAGCAGGUGCAACUGAGAUCUUUCCAUUUUCUCAGGAAACAUCCACUGCCCCUUAUCUACAUCACAGGCAAAUGCUGAGGAGGGAGAAGGCCUGGCUGGGGGACCCAGAUGGAGGGCAUGGUCAAGCCCAGGCUCAUUGUUGCCAGCAGGGAGCCUAGAAAGUGGAAUAGGUGGAAAGAGUGCAGAUGCACCUGGUACAAAUCUAGUCUCUCCAACUUGUCCCACGUGACAUCCCUUCCUGAGCCUCAGUUUCCUCAUCUAGGAAGAUUAAUAACAUCUACCUCAAAGGGUUACCGUGAAGACUGAAACUUUAACAAGGUGUGUGUGACACAAUAAAUGUGCAAUAAAUAUUCGUUGAAGGAGUGAAUUAUUGUCAACGUCUUACACUUCAGAAAGUGCAAAGAAGCCUGCUAAGGAGGCAGGGCCUGGAUAUCAAUAGCUAUGUUUUGCAGAUGAGUAAACUGAGGCUCAGAGAAAUGAAGAUUCAAAGUUUCAUUGCUGUAAGGCAGUAAGGCCGGAAAUGGACAUAGAGUCCAGAUUUUUCUACCACGUUGAGACUGCCUCUGAGAAGUUAGAUCUGAGCAGAGAACAGGGAUUGGGAGCUCAGGUAAAGGGAGAGGUGAGAAUUGAUGUCUGGGUGAAGGAGGCAGCCAGCCAGCAAACAAGAGCAACUGCAAGAAAAAGUCUUUUGGUCCUCAGUUCUCAGCCAGAGCGGCCUCUGCCUUGGGGUUUGGGGUUGCUUCUCAGAUGCAGGAUCCAGCCAGCCUGGCCAAGAGAGUCUGAACAGCGAACUGAGAGCCCCACAAAAUCUAGUGCCCUUUUCACUUAGUGCAGUCAGUAUUCAGUGGCCAUUUAUUGAGUGUCUUCUGUUUGAGGGACUGUGUUUGGUGAUAAAAGAAUUCUGUGAGGAGAGCCUGGCCCUGACCCCAUUCGUGCAUUCAGCAAGCACCAUCUGAGGCCUCUGUGGGCUUUGCUGGAUGUAGAGGACACAGUGAAAUCGGGUCCCACAAUCCAUGCUGGAAGAGAGUGAUCAAGGCUGUGACCGAGGAAGCUUGUAGAUACACUUCACCCAACGUGGUUGGUGAUAUACCAGGAAAUGCUGCUUGGAGAAUAAGAUGUCUUGUGCUUCCCAUAGCAUAAGCAGGAACUGAUGUGGGGAGGGGGGGUUCAGGCAGAGGAAGCAGCAAGGGAGUCUCGUUUCGUAGAAAGGAUCAAAGAGGGACAGCGUAGAGGUUAUGAGCAUGGGCUCUGGAAUCAGACUAUAUGGGUUCAGAUCCCAACUCAUUUGCUUUUUGUCUGUGCAAUCUUGGGCAAGUCACUUCACCUCUCUGUGCCUCAGUUUGCUCAUCUAUCAAGCCUGGAUAAUCACAGCACCUACCUCAUAAGAGGAAACCCUGGUGGCAUAGCGGUUAAGUGCUAUGGCUGCUAAUCAAGAGGUCUUCAGUUCAAAUCCGCCAGGCACUCCUUGGAAACUCUAUGGGGCAGUUCUACUCCGUCUUAUAGGAUUGCUAUAGGGCCGCAAUGAGUCGGAAUCGACUCGAUGGCAGUGGGUUUGGUUUUUUUGGUUUUUGGACCUCAUGAGAUUGAUAUCAGGACUCAAUGAGAUAAUAUAUGACAGUGCCUUGCACAUUAGCAUUCAAUAUAUUUCGGUAAUUACUAUUAUUGUUUUAAUAUGUUACAAAAUAGUAUAUGAGGAGACCUGGGCAGGUCUGAAUCAAGGAAGGUUACCUGGAGGAAGUGGUUCAAACUGGUCUAGAAGGAUGAGAAAAUUUUCAGGCAUGUAUAGGAAGUAGACAUAGUUCCAUCUGACUGAAACAUAAAGAACAGGGUAAGGAGUGAUGGGAAACAGAGUAGCAGAGAGGUGGGGGCCAGCUCUGGGAGAGCCACAGAUCCCAGCAGAGGAGCUUGAGGCUUACCCUGUAGAUACUGAGAAGCCAUGAAAAGUUCUUGAGCACGGGUAGGACUGUUUGACAGGCGCUGUCAGACGACCAUGCAGAGAAGUGUGGGAGCAGUAUGCUCCUCCCAAGUGUGGGAGGAGACUGGACGUUGGUGGUCUCUGUCCCAGGUGAGAUCAUCAGGAGCUGGGGCCAAGGGUGGUGACCUUGGAAAUGGAAUUAAAGAGAAUUUUGAGAGGCUUCUGCCAUAGAAUCUACAUGGCUCAGUGACUGACAAUAUGAGCUGUGAGCAAGUAAGAGGUUUCAAGACUGGAGAGCUGGAACAAGGGAGCAUCAGUGCUGGGCAUGGAGCAGUCAGGAGUGGGAGUGGGCAGGACCAAGGGGUCACCAGUACUGGGAGGGGUGAGUCCAAAGAGAAGGUGGAGCAGGGGAGAGUAGGCACCACCAAGGAGGGAGGAGCAGAACAAGGCACACUUCAUCAAGCACACAGUGAUUGCCAUUUUCUCUUCCUCUCUUUUCCACUCAUUCAUUUAACAAAUACUAAGCAUGAACCAUGCACUAUGUGCCAGGAUAUAGCAGAGAAGAGAGACACAGGAAACAAGGUACUGUGGUUGCAAAUAAUAAGCACAACAAGGGAAAUGGAGUCCCUGGGUGGUACAAUGGUUAACACGCUGGGCUACCAACUGAAAGGUUGGAUGUUCAGGUCCACCCAGAGGCACCUCGGAAGAAAGGCCUGGUGAUCUACUUCUGAAAAAACAGUCAUUGAAAACCUGCUGGAGCACCAUUCUACUCUGACACACAUGGGGUCAUCAUAAGUCAGAAUCAACUUCACAGCAGCUGGUUUACUGGACAAAGGAAAUAUAACAGGGAUUGCUGAAAGUGCCACUGCAGAUCUGAGUGAUGGGAAGGAGCCACGCCAUAAGGGGGGGGGGCGAUAGAGGAGGGGGUCCACAGGGAACAGCACGUUCGAUGCUCUGAGGCAGGGAUGGGUUUGAUGUGGCUGAGGCACAGAAAGAACACUUGUGGCUGAAUUGGAGAAACCAAGGGAGAGGAUUUAUAGAUGAGCACGGAGAAAGGGAGAGAUGGAGGCUCCUGGAGAUGGGAAGUUUGGAUUUGAUUCUACCUAUAAUGGGAAGCCACUGGGAGGGUUUUUAAUAGACUGUGGUUGUGAUCUGAUUUAUAUUUGAAAAAAAAAAACCAACCUGGCUGCUCUGAGAAUGGACUGUAGUGGGCCAGAGUUGAGGAAGAGUGAUGAUGGGAAGUAGCAGAUGGAUUUGAAGUUAACUCUGGAAGCUGAACGGACAGGGCCUGCCUUUGGGCUGGAUAAAGAAGCUGAGAGCAGUGGAAGACCCCAGAAUGAUGAUUGGGUUUUCAGUGAGUGAGAAGGAGAAGGGAGGAGCCAGUUUUGGGGGUGGUACUGGGGUGUGAUGACAGCGUGGAUUACAGAGCUUUAAAGCUGGCAGGGAGCUCUUGGAACUGUCUACAUAUUUCAAAAUGUAUUCCUUGUAAGUAGCAUUAGGCAAAAGAGAAAGGGUGGGUUCCGUGUUUACAUAAGUGUGGGAAACAGCAGGCAGAAUAGGUUUCUUUAUUGUAGGUCUGCAUGUUCAAUGGGGAAACCCUGGUGGCAUAGUGGUUAAGUGCUACAGGUGCUAACCCAAAGGUUGGCAGUUUGAAUCUACCAGGCGCUCCUUGGAAACUCUAUGGGGCAGUUCUACUCUGUUCUGUAGGGUUGCUAUGAGUCGGGAUCGACUCUACAGCAACGGGGUUUGUUUUUUUUUU